CGCCCCUCCCCGCGAGCGCUCAGGCAAAGUGUAAAGAUGGCGUCCAUCAUGGAGGGGCCGCUGAGCAAAUGGACUAAUGUCAUGAAGGGUUGGCAGUACCGCUGGUUCGUGUUGGAUUACAACGCCGGAUUAUUGUCAUACUACACAUCCAAGGACAAGAUGAUGCGUGGCUCUAGAAGAGGCUGUGUGCGACUCAGGGGAGCUGUGAUUGGAAUCGAUGAUGAGGACGACAGCACGUUCACCAUUACAGUGGAUCAGAAGACUUUCCAUUUUCAGGCCCGUGACGCUGAUGAGCGAGAGAAGUGGAUUCAUGCCUUAGAGGGGACGAUUCUCCGCCACACCCUUCAGCAGGAGACUGAAACAGGAUUCGUUCCCAGCGUUCAGGACUUUGACAAGAAGCUUGCCGAAGCAGACGCGUAUUUGCAGAUUUUGAUCGACCAACAGAAACUUUUUGAUGAAAAGAUAAAAGACUGCAAGGAAGAUGAGUCGCGUAGACAGAAAAUCGAGAACCUAAAGGACGCAACUUGUAGUAUGGUAGAGUCCAUCAAACAUUGUAUCGUACUUCUUCAGAUAGCCAAGGAUCAAAGUAACGAACAGCAACACGCAAACGGACUGAUAAGCACCAUAAACCCAGUAGAUGGGGUUUUCCAUCCCACCCUGCUCAACACCUCUGUAAUAAGUUCCAGUGCCAUGCCAACCCAGACCACCCUCCCCACAGAUGGAGCUCAGGUGUGUACAAUGGAACAGAGGCCUUCUUCCUUACUCGUGGGCCCUGUCGUCACAGUGAUGGGCAGCCUUCAGACCCCAACUCCCAAUAGCACAGGGAGUGGACCCUCAGCUCCAAGCAGCAGCGCGACGUCACCCAGUCAUAUGAACAUACCGGCCCACACUGUUCCCGACUUCUCUUAUUCCAGCAGUGAGGACGAGUUUUACGAUGCAGAUGAGUUUUAUCAGAACAGCACUUCACCAAAACACUGCAUAGAUCCCAACAGAAGCGGCGCAGGUAACAGUGAUGACAGCACUGCCCUGAAACGGCCAGACACCAACGAAUCUAUCAACUCCUCAAUGUCUAACGGCACCACUGAUCAGUUCGACAGUCAGGAUGAGAGGGAUGACGAUGGUGAGGGUGAAUCGGUGGAGGAGCACAAAAGUGUCAUCAUGCAUCUGCUGUCUCAAGUGCGACUGGGCAUGGAUCUCACCAAGGUCGUCUUACCCACAUUUAUCUUGGAGCGGAGGUCGUUGCUGGAAAUGUAUGCAGACUUCUUCGCACACCCGGAUGUGUUUGUAAGUAUCGCGGACCAGCAGGAUCCAAGGGACCGCAUGGUGCAUGUGGUAAAAUGGUACCUCUCGGCCUUUCACGCUGGACGGAAAGGAUCUGUGGCCAAGAAGCCAUACAACCCCAUUCUGGGUGAGGUGUUCUUCUGUCACUGGGACCUGCCUUCCGAAACGGAUGAUUCUGCUUCUUCAGAGUCUGUAUCAGACGGGCCAACGCCGUGGAGUAGCAAGAACAGUGUGUCUUUUGUGGCCGAGCAGGUUUCUCACCACCCACCCAUUUCUGCGUUUUACGCUGAGUGUUUUAGCAAAAAAAUCCAGUUCAAUGCUCACAUAUGGACAAAAUCGAAGUUCCUUGGGAUGUCAAUCGGUGUUCAUAAUAUUGGUCAAGGUUGUGUGUCUUGUCUUGAACAUGAUGAGCACUAUAUUCUUACCUUCCCCAAUGGCUAUGGCAGGUCGAUCCUCACCGUUCCGUGGGUGGAGCUUGGUGGCGAAUGCAAUAUUUCCUGUUCUAAAUCUGGCUACAGUGCCAAUAUAGUUUUCCACACCAAACCCUUCUACGGAGGAAAGAAACACAGAAUAACUGCUGAGAUAUUUCCCCCCAAUGAUAAGAAGUCAUUCUGCUCUAUUGAGGGCGAGUGGAAUGGAGUAAUGUAUGCAAAAUGGGCCAGCGGGGAAAACACAGUAUUCAUUGACACAAAGAGAAUAGGAAUUAUUAAUAAGAAGGUGAGGAAAUUGGAGGACCAGUUGGAGUACGAAUCCAGAAGUUUGUGGAAGGACGUGACACUCAACCUGAAACUGAGGGACAUUGAGUCUGCGACGGAUGCCAAACAUAGACUGGAGGAGAAACAGCGGGCAGAGGCCAGAGAGAGGAAGGAGAACGAAAUGCAAUGGGAGACGAGACUGUUUCACGAGGACGGCGAGUGCUGGGUCUACGAUGAGCCUCUUCUGAAGCGACUAGCAUCGCAGCGACACUGAAGACGUGUCCAAAACCAGAGUCUGAGACAAGAACUCUCGCAAAUCACUUUUUUAUUCAGCCUUGGAAUGACUGAUGAAUGAAACUUUACAGCUUUGCAUUUUUGAAGUAUGAACGAACGAAUACACAAACUUAAAUUCGACCGAAAAAUCUCCCUGCUCGCUAGUUCAACACUUCCACCUCUCCACCUCCCCUUGAGGAUAAAACACCACAAGGACACGUGAUGGGCAUCCCUUUAGCAUUUUAAAACAAACAAGCGCUCUCGACUUGACAGAGAAGAACGAUCCCGCAGGACGCCGCUCCUGAGGGAUCGAGGUGUUUCAACCGAACAAACUCUGAAAACUACAGCGUUCUGUAUCUCAGGGAAGCAGUGGACUGAGAAUUGAAGGCUGUAUCUCCUCAUGAUCAAAAAGCCUUCAAGGUGGAACCGCAACAUAAAAAUGACGUUUCACAUACUGCUAGCUACAGCUAUUUAUAUAUAGAGGAUAUGAUAUAUAUUCUUGUUUUCUUUUUCCUCUAGGGCAAUAGUAACUGUUUGCAAAUACAUACUUGAUGGCAAUCAUUCCCUUAUGUCACUCUAUAUUUAGCCUUUUAAAGGGAUAGAUCGCCCCAAAACGAAAACGCAGUUGGUUUUAUGGCGUUCCGAUGCAUGACUUGCUUUCAUCUGUGGAGGAUGGGAACAGAGACAGAACGUUACGGAUUGAUCACCUCAGUCACUAUUCGCUCUCUGUGUUUUUUCACAUGCAGUGAAAGUAAAUGGUGACUGAGAUUGAACCUUUUGUAAGAUUAAAUCUUUUGUAUUUCCACCUGUGAAAAAAAGUCAUUUUGGCUCAAAAUGAAGGUGAGAAAUUGAAUGGCUGAAUGUAUGUUUUGAGGCUACCUGCCCCUUAAGUGAAACUAUUUUUUCUGUUUGUUCACAUGUAAGACCAUUUACACAAACCAAUGUGGGGACCAGAGACGAAUCCUAACUGAGUAAAAUUGACCAUUUAUUGGGCUGAAUUUGAAACAAGUCAUUGCCAUGGUUGAAGUCCAUUCCAAUUUUUGAUCUGUCUUUAUAUUUUUGGGAAUGAGUUGAUAUCAUGAUCUAGUGCCUCGGGGAGGUUUUUUUUUUUAUAGAAUGCUGCUUGAGGGUCCACAUUAUUUAACGUAUAAAGUUGGACUGUCCAAUAGGAAAUUAUAAUGGUGCACAAUGAACCAUUCAACUGAUUUGCUUAUUACGGCGAGGUUAAGCAAUAGUAUCACAUAUUGCCCUGCAAUCUCUCUUUCUGUGAAAUGUCAAAUUUUAAUCCAAAUAAACAUUCAUUUCAAAAUA